UCUCGAGUAGGACUUUUUGUGAGCUGGUCUUGUAGAAGAGCCAGGCUCAUUGAUGGUAAGAGCAGGUCCUCUCUUGUGCGCUGCUCUCGUUUCGUUCCUUGUGGCGAGGGUGCCCAUGCCUGAGUAUGACGCUCUUUGUCUGAUCUGGGCUUGGAGGUUUGUAGCACCAGGGGACUGUUGGGGGAGGUCUGGAGCAAGCUCAUCGUUCUGCUCGGCAUCAGCCUGCAAUGCUUCAGCGAGUAAUUGAUCGAAUCUCAUUUGCAUGUCAGCCGCAGCUCUCCCAUCGACGACUCCAAGGCCUUCAAGUCAGCGCGAGAAAGGCCGCAGUGGUAGGCAUUCCAGCACCCUCCUGCUCCUCUGUCGCAACCGCCUUCCUUUUGCUUUUGUCAACCCUGGGUGUGUGUACCUCCUCCGCAGCAGGUGCAUCGCUGGGAACUUCUUCUUCGACCAUUGCGGGAGCGCUUGGCUCUUUGGUCUUCUUCUUCUUCUCCUUGUUCUCAGCUUGUCGCUGUUUACGAGCUUCUUUCAGCUCUUCUUUGUCUGCGAGUUCGUUCGGUGGUACUGUCAGCUGCUGUGUCGGCCUGGGCUGCAUCAGCAUCAUCCAGGCAAAGCCUCUGCCGGCCGGUCUCUCGACGUCUCUCCGGCUGUUGCUUCAUCAGGUCGAUUCCCAGUUUCCUACUUAUCGACUCUGUCUGCAACGGGUGCUCCGCCAUCAUCAUUCAUCUGACCUCUGCCACGUUUCGAAUCGGGAGAUUUCGGUGCGACAGUAUCAGCCUCGGGUGAGUCUGUGUUCGAUGUGGUUGUACUUUCAUGAAUGCACCUUUCAGGGUCUUCUGUUGAGCAGCCGCUGGUUGUGAGAGAUAAAAGCUCUUCAGCAAGAUACUUCCUCAUGUGGCGGUGGAAGUCCUUCACCUCACGGUAUUGCUUUAGGCCGGGUAGCUUAAGAAUCUGCGACAUCGCUUUCGGAAAAUCUCUCCGUAGUAUUACAUUUUCGCGCAAGGCGGAGAUCACAUCAUCGUGGGCAAGAAUGGGUGGCUGAUACGACUUGCGAGCCUUACGAACUGUGGUCCAGUUGGGUUUCUCUGGCAGGUGAAAAGACUCGGUGAGAUCCAGUUCAAGGGCUCUUAGUAUUUUAACUUUCUUCAGAGGUAAGAAUGGGAGUAAAACAUAUUUGCCAAUAUUUGACGUCUCGAUUUUCGCCAUUGCGAACGC